CGUAAACCUGGCAAACAUGGCGACCCUCCGAAGAGAGUACGGAGAUUGGAUAUACGACCGUUUUUAACCGAGAAAACAAACUCCUCCUCGCAUGUUACAAUGUGGUGGGGUUAGCCGCGACCACCGCACGCACAGCCUUUUAGACGAUGUUUGCAGAGGCCAGUCUGUCCAUCUGGGGAUGGGGGGGUCUUGGAGUCGUGCUAUUUCUCGUCACCUUUGGGCCCUUUGCCAUAUUCUACCUGGCCUUUUAUAUCUUCUGCUUCGUUGGAGGGGGCUUUGCGGUCACUCUGCUUUAUGGGAAGAUCAACUCAGAGAAACACCUGGAAAGAUGCGAUCAAUCUUAUCUACCACCUACACAGAUUGGUAUAGUGAAGAUAUUGGAUGAGAUGAAGCAGGAGACAAAGCCUAUCAGGAUUGACAGGAGACUGACUGGCUCCAGUUUUAUAGAUGAACCACUACAACAGGUGAUCCAGUUUGCUCUGAGAGAUUAUAUACAGUACUGGUACUAUACUCUAAGCGAGGAUGAGUCUUUCUUAUUGGAGAUCAGACAGACCCUGCAGAAUGCCCUUGUCCAGUUCUCCACACGGUCCAAAGAAGUGGACUGGCAGCCUUACUUCACCACUCGCCUCGUGGACGACUUUGCCACCCAUUUACGUGUCUUUAGAAAAGCCCAGGAUCGUCUCGUUGACAGAGAGGACAAGCAGAGAGACAUCACGGAGGAGCUGGUGGACUCGUUUUUCGAAGCUGAGGUGGAGAUGGAGAGGAAGAUUUGUCGAGACGUAGUGUGCACUUCACACAAAGACGAGGAAGGUUUCCUUCGGGACUUGUGUGAGCUGCUUCUGUAUCUUUUACUACCUCCUGGAGAUUUCCACAACAAGAACAUGAGAUACUUCCUAAGGGAGGUGCUGGCUCGUGGUGUGCUGCUACCCCUCAUCAACCAGCUGAGCGACCCAGACUACAUCAACCAGUUUGUCAUCUGGAUGAUACGGGACGCAAGCUGUAACUAUGAAGCCUUCAUGAACAUCCUAAAGCUGACGGACAAACCUGCCGAGCUGGAGUCCGUCAAGGACAAGGUGGUGGAGGAGCUGCAGUAUCUGCGCUCCCUGGACACCGCUGGAGAUGACAUCAAUGUGAUCAAAAACCAGAUCAACAGUCUUCUGUUUGUGAAGAAGGUGUGCGAGACCAGGAUCCAGAGGCUGCAUUCUGGCAAGGAAGUGGAUGCCUUGAAAUUGGCGGUCAACUUUGGCAAGCUGUGUGUCAUCCCACUGGAUCACAUCCUCGUCCACAACAUAGCACUGCAGUUCUUCAUGGACUUCAUGCAGGCAGCGGGGGCGCAGGCCGAGCUGUUUUUCUGGCUCACCGUGGAAGGCUACAGGGUGACGGCACAGCAGCAGCUGGAGGCCAUGCACGGCUGGCAGAAAGACGGCAAGAAGCAGCCCAGCGCCACCAAGGGGCUGCUCAAGGCUGCUGCGCUGGGCGUCUUCGAACAAUACCUCUCCGACAAGGCGUCUCCCAGGGUGCAAGUGGACGAGGCCUCGGUGAUAAAGCUCGGCGAGAAACUGCAGAAAGAUGAUCCAACGCCAGAGAUAUUUGAUGAGAUCCAGAGAAAGGUGUAUGACAUGAUGCUACGUGACGAGCAUUACUACCCCUCGUUCAAGCAGAGCCCCCUCUACGUCCGCAUGCUAGCAGAGCUCGAUAUGUUAAAAGAGCCCAGUUACCGGGGAUCUGAUGACGGUGAUGGAGAAUCCUUUAAUGGCUCACCCACAGGAAGCAUAAAUCUAUCGUUGGACGACUUGUCCAACUCCUGCCAUGAUGAAACUAUGCACCUACAUGCCUUCAUCUCUGACACAGGGGUUUGCAACGACCAUGGUAAGACCUACGCGCUGUACGCCAUCACUGUGUUCAGACGCAGCCAGGAUGGCAGUGAAGACUGCUGGAAGACUUACCGUCGCUACUCAGACUUCCAUGACUUCCACAUGCGGAUCAUUGAACAGUUUGAGAACCUGGCAUCAAUCCUCAAGCUGCCAGGAAAAAAGACAUUCAACAACAUGGACAGGGACUUCCUAGAGAAGAGGAAAAAAGACCUCAAUGCUUACCUACAGUUGCUGCUGAACCCAGAGAUGGUGAAGGCCUGCCCCACCCUGAUUCCUUAUGUCUACGACUUUCUAGAAAACAAGGCGUACAGCAAGGGCAAAGGAGAAUUUGCACGAAAGAUAGACACAUUUGUGAAUCCUUUGAGGAGCUCCAUGAGGAACGUGUCCAACGCAGUGAAAGCCCUUCCCGACAGUCUGGCUGAAGGUAUGACCAAGGUUUCUGACAACAUGGGUCGCAUGUCAGAGAGACUGGGCCAGGACAUCAAACAGUCCAUAUUGAAGGUGCCUCCACUCCUCCCCAAGUCCCCAAGUGAAAUAGACCCUGAACAUUGUCGAGUCUCCGCCCAGCUUGAUGACAAUGUGGACGAUAACAUUCCGUUGAGGGUCAUGCUGCUGCUCAUGGAUGAAGUGUUUGACUUAAAAGAGAAAAACCAGUGGCUGCGCAGGAACAUUAAGAACCUGCUGCAACAGCUCAUCAGAGCCACAUAUGGAGACACUAUCAACAGGAAAAUUGUGGAUCAUGUGGACUACCUGACCUCACCAGAGCAGGUGGCAGACUAUGUCAAGAAGUUCAGGGAUUCUUACUGGCCCAACGGUAUACUGGCUGAGACGCCGCCGCGUCGGGACAAGAGCAUCCGCAUGAGGACACGAGUUGCCGCCAAGACCAGCCUGCUGGGUAUCAUGCCAGAUGAGCUGAAGCACAUAAUUGGAGCAGACACUACGAGAAAGGGCAUCCUGCGCGUCUUUGACAUGUUCCAGUACCAGCCCAUGAACCGUCGGUUGGUCUACGUUUUCCUGGAAGGCUUCUUGGAGACAAUGUUCCCCCAGUACAAGUUCCCCGAGCUCUUUGUCAAGCUGCACUCCCGCUCACCGCGCAUCCACAGAUACAGCCAGAAACUCAAAUCCUCUUCACUAAAGAGGUGACAGGAAAAGGACAGAGGCAACUGAAGCGAUGAGACACACACAGACUUGAGAGCUGAGCGCGAGGACUUGAAGUGAACACUGAGGUGUGUGUGUGUGUGUGCACACGUGUGAAAUUUUGCCCCACCACUUAGCUCACACACUCUUUGGUGAAAACACUCCUCUAUUAUUCACCUGAUGGUUUCUGUCAAAACAGAACAGACGGAUGAACAAUGGACACUGUCGUCCUCUUGCUCUGUGACACACACAUGCGCAAACACAAAGUCCCAAAUUUGCACCGAGACUGAACAUGGCAGUCUUUUCUUUUAGCUCCUAUAUUUUCUCUCUCUUUUUUUUUGGACUCUUUUUAGUUGUGUUUAGCUUUAUCUUGGGCCAGUCAAUGCUGCUUUCAUGUGAUCCAGAGAGCAGAACACAGAUACUGUAUUGUUUUUAAACUGUAGGAGUCGAUAGCAUAGACCCACACCUUGCCUUACCUCCCUCUGCUUCUGUCUUUUGGCCAUCUCUGAACUGGCCCCUCCUUUAGCUGCAGUCCUGUUCUAAACCUUUGACCUGCGAAAACCUCCACACUCGUAAAACAUGCAACAAUAUUGUUAUCAAAGCAACGAAAUACGUCUAUAUCACUGGGUUGAAGAGGCACUGUUUUUAAAAUGUGACUGAACAAAAAUGGGUGGACAGAUGAAUUAUUAUUUUUUUUAUCUUUAUUGUCAACGUUUAGUUUUUGCCUCAAUGCUUCUCAUGAAUUUCCUUUUUCUUCCCCAAGUGUUGCAUCAUCUGUGCCGCCCACAAUCCUCAAAGAAUAGGCCACACCCCCUUUAAAUGCUACUGUCAUAACCUGUAAUGACCAAAGCUCAUGCUGUUCCCAUGUGUGUGUUUGUGUGUACUGGGCUUGAUGAUGGGAUAUUUGUAAACGUUAUUGUGCUUCAUAGUGAUAAUCAUGUGAAGAGAGGGGGAAAGCAAGUGAAGCUGUGGGAGGCUCAGCUCUGGCUGUCCGAGCGCACUAUCAAAGAAUGUACUCUCUGGUGUAGUCUGUACCUGGCUCGUCAGAGAGAGUGUGAGCCAGAGAACCAGCCUUAAAACUACACACAGUAUGUACUGACCAAGAGAUGCACCCUUCAGGUAGUUCUCCCUCAUAUGACUGAACGUUACAAGGAAAUCGUGAUAAGAGAUAUGGAGGCGUAUCCCUGAUCACUUUUAAUCGGUGAAAUUUAAUUUUGUGCAAUAUUUGUUUUUCUUUAAUGCAUGUGCAUUUUUGAAUAAUUGUAUACUGAAAAAAAAAAUCACAUUGUUUUAAUGGCAAAGAACACAAACAAAGUCGCCCCCCCCCCACAAAUCUCAUCCCAACAACUUAACAUUCCGUUGUUGUAAAAGUACAAUAUUUAUUUUACAGACUUGUUUUAUAAGUCUGAUUGCUUGUUUGUUUGUGGGUGUGUGGGGAGUAUUUUCCACUUACGCCUCACCUUCCCCUUGUGCAGAAUCUGUUCUUGGGUAUGGAUUGAUGCAGUGUCUGGGUGGGGUUUUGUGUCACAGCGUUGUUUUUAACUCCUUGGGAUAAAGCUAGCUCAGAGGCGGCCUCAAAUAACUGCCUCCACCUCACUCGUAGUUGGCGUGAUCACGCAUUCCAGAUUAUUGAGUGGUUAUGUUGUUAUGAAGUGACGGCUGGAGGGGACCGCUGCUCUCCUCCUGUCCGAUAGACUUGCAGGAGAGCUGCAUCCUGUGUCCCGACAGAAUCACUGCUUAAGAGCACUUACCGUAGCAACUGUGUCAGGGCCUCUCCCGUUGGCUGUUCAGAACUUUGUCUGCUGCAGUCACUGGACGGAACUGCCUCAUGUGCUGUGAUUUGCUUACACUGAGCAGCUGUGGUGGACUCUGGUGAGCCUCUCAUACUGGGAGGUGAAUAUUUUGUCCCUACAAUGGAGAUAUCACCUUUAACUUUCUGCACACCUGUCCCUACAGGAAGGCUUGUUUUGGUUUUUUUGUAACCUCACUAUAUAUAUAUGAAUCUAUUAUAAAGAAAAGUGUGCAUAUCUGUGUACAGUAUGUGUUAAUAGUGUGCCUAAAUGUACUGUCAAUUCUAUUUUCAUAUUUUUCUUUAACCUGAAAAAAAAAACCAAUCAGUCAGAAUGUCAUGAUCAUUUAACGCAACUGAAAAUGACUUUAGGGUGUGUUUUUUUGCCUCAUGCUUAUCAAACUCUUCCCUGCGAGCAAUUAUGCUCAAAUCAGUAUAACACUAAUAAAAAUGUAACUCAGACUAACUGAGCCAAAAUG